GUCUGUUUGGUUGUGGUCGGAGCAAAGGAAGCUAGGAAGGGAUCAAGGAAACCUCUAGCAUCGUAGAUAAACACCCUGAGGAGGUGUGAACCCAGCGAGCGCACAGCUGUCACAGCACCGAGAGAGCAGUGAAAAAGGCCCGAUUGAGUCCUUCAUACAGCGAGGGUCAACAUGUCUGAGACAUACGACUUCCUGUUUAAGUUCCUGGUGAUUGGCAGUGCUGGGACGGGGAAAUCCUGCCUCCUUCACCAGUUCAUUGAGAACAAGUUUAAACAGGACUCCAACCACACCAUCGGCGUGGAGUUCGGUUCCAGAGUGGUCAAUGUCGGGGGAAAGACGGUCAAACUGCAGAUCUGGGACACCGCCGGGCAGGAACGAUUCCGCUCUGUCACACGCAGCUACUACAGAGGAGCAGCUGGAGCACUCCUUGUCUAUGAUAUUACCAGCCGGGAGACAUAUAAUGCCCUGACCAACUGGCUGACAGAUGCACGGACGCUGGCAAGCCCCAACAUUGUCAUCAUCCUGUGUGGCAACAAGAAAGACCUGGACGCUGACAGAGAGGUGACCUUCCUAGAGGCCUCGCGCUUCGCUCAGGAGAACGAGCUGAUGUUUCUAGAAACCAGUGCUCUGACAGGAGAGAAUGUGGAGGAGGGUUUUCUGAAGUGUGCUCGCACCAUCCUCAACAAGAUAGAUUCAGGUGAGUUGGACCCAGAGAGGAUGGGUUCAGGAAUCCAGUAUGGAGACGCUUCGUUGAGGCAACUGCGGCAGCCAAGAGGCACCACCACACAGAAUAAGCAACAGUGUAAUUGCUAGGGAACAGGGCCCCACCCUCACCUCAGCCCACAGGCCCACACAGACAGGACGUCCCCUACAGAUCCAGGUGUUUUUUGGUGUUUGGGACACUUCCCCCUGCAGUCUCACACACCUUGGAUCACCUGGAUGAGUGGUCAUGGAGAUCACUGCAACCCCUGACCUCUGACCUCUGGUAAGAGUCUCUGCUUCUUACCCGAGGGGGUCAGCUUUGCAACCUGAGUCUGGACAGGGAAACUCCUUAGUGUGAAUGCACUGGGAUCAUAAAGAAGAGGAAACCUCUUCUUCAGAAAUCUGUUUUUCAGUUGCUUACCAGACAAGGACAAAUCAAGGGUUGUGUGUAUGGGCUGCCCUACUGUUGUUUUAUCUCUGUGCUUUUUCAUUCUUGUUUUAGUAAUACCCACAUGCUUUUCUGCGUUUGCACGUCAUCGUUUGUAAUUUAUUAUUGGUAAACUAUCUUGCGCAUAUUCAUUGUUCAGGCUAUCUGGAUAAGAUUCAGGAUAAGUUUGGCCAAUGCUUUUGAGUUUUAACGUUCAUGAAGGCACCCGCUGAUAUUAAGCUUUUCAUCAUCCAUUAUUUGAGUUAACUGUACUUAACAUAAAUUCAGCUUCUUACUGAUAGUGACUGAGUGAUAAGCAGUCUAAAUGUGACCUCUUAUAAGUAAUAUGAAGUCAGCUUGCACAGAUCUUGGGUUAGAAUUAUUGCAUUGAAAUUUAAACCAGAUGCAAUUCAAGUCUUUACAAAGGUUUCUGCAGCUGUUGUCCAUCAGUGCUUCUCAUCUGAUCUGAAAAUUGAAGCAGCUAAUCAGUGGAUUUAAGUGUACUUCAGUCAGAUAAGAUUUUCAAGUCAGACAAGCCCAAAAGUAGAACCCAAGGACUUUUAGUCACCGAGAUGUGUUAUCAUCAAGUCUUUAAGUUUUUGUUUUGCCUUAAAAUGCACUGUUGUGAUGUACAGUAUUGGCCUAGGUAAUAUACUUGAUAUUGUGGAUCUACAGUAUAUUAUUCCCAGUCACCCAGUCUCUAAACUGUCAAAGGGAAUGGCCCAGUCACUCCACUCUACAUCCUCAUAGACGAGCCUGUGGGUCAGGUUGAAAGCACAAAAAAGAGAAAUGUUGCUCUUUAUUUUACUCCAAAGGCCCCAAAGUCUAUAGAUUGUAUUAUCAGAUUCACACCAUGUUCAAGUACCCCAUGUCUCUGCUCCUGUCACAGUGAAAGAUUAAGAAAGAGUUAUCAGUCUUUGCAAAACUAACACUCUUUUUGACUCCUCCUGCUGGGCUUUUUUCUCCAUGACCUCCCCUUUGAUUCAUGCUGCUCUACAUGCACAUACUGCAUAGGGGACGUCACAGGAAACCACAAGUUGGUUUUGCCUCUGUGCCAUGUUUGGGAAACAUUCAUACCGCCCACCCAGUUCCCUCAUAGAGCCUUGACAUUGUUUAAUCAUGCAAGGCUGCAGUGAUAAAAGUCAGGAUUCUGUUUUUAACCCUCCAACUAGUUUUCACUUCUGUUUGUCGAGCACAAAAGUAGCUCUGCUUCACUGCAAAACAUUAGAGCUUUGUCGAGGCGACCCAAGAUGUUUUGGCCUCAGCGCAGACCCUGUGUUGCCCCUGAGAGAAACAGGGAAUUUCCACUGAAACAUGGUUUCCUCUCUCCACGUAAGACUGACAGUAUGGUUUGUGGUGCUGCCGGAGGAGAAUGAGGUUGCAAGUUAAUAACCCAAACUCCUGCCCUGCUGUUGAGUCAAAGGCACUGCUUCUGUCUGAACCACUGAAGAGAGCAGGUCAUAGUGACCCAGCCAAGAGGAGAUCAAAACAAACUGCCUGCAAACUUAUUUCUCAUGUCUUCUUCCUCAAGUAUUAGCAUAUGUCCUCCCAGACAAACCAAAUGUGUUUAAGCUCUAGUGAGCCAGCACACUGAAGGGGAGAGACACGGUGAGUUGUGCAAACAUGAGAUAGUAUAGAUAUCCAGAGACAGAUGGUGAAAAAAAAUGUUUUCAUGAAAUAUUGGCAUUGUGUGAUAGUUUGUCUCCCUCUGCAAGUGCACUUUUACUUUUGAAUUUUCAUUUUUGUUUUGUUUAUAUGCUGUAACUAUAGAAUUGUACAUUUUAUUUUACUUGAACUGUAUACUGUAAUAAAGAUUUUAAUUGUAGACGUCAUCAUUUCUUACUAAAUAACAACUGAGAUUCUUAAUUUCCUUGUCCUCUGCUGUUACGAGGCAAGGCUGUUGUCAGAGGUUUGAUUUGUUUAUUGCUCACUGCUUACGUGGAGGUAACGAUUAAAGGAUGUUGACUUCCUGAGCUGUAAGGGGCCAUGAGCAGCAACUCUAAUCACUCGUAGUCACAAGAUUUUUUGCCAUCUGUACACAGUUAUCGAGUCAUAAAUGGUCAAAUACUGUUAAACCAGAGUAAACUUGCAGUCAUUUGUAUGUAUUUAUUUAUAUCCUCAAAAUAGCCAUAUGAUAAGCAUUAUUUUCUCACUUCUUCUAGCCUGGAUUCAGUCAUGUGAUGAACGCAAUCCAACUCAGUUGUUGCUUAGUAACUAAUGUUAUAUAAUCAACCUUAAUACUACUGUACAUCUCAAGUAACCUAUGCUGUAAAUAAGAUUUGUCUAUUGUCUAUUGAGGGUGAGUGUUGCUCAUUGAUUGUAAUGAUUAUGCAAUUCCCAGUAAACUGCUUGUUUUUUCAGUUAA